CCUAACUCCUCCCCUCUUGUUCGAGAACCAUCUACACUGAUUCGCUAAUGCUUCCUCGUAGUUUAAUCAUGAAGAUGAUCGUACCUAAAAAUGUACCUCCCAGCGCAGGCUGGACAUCCUAUGAUGGUUGGGAUUACAACGGCAUGAAAGAACGUCUUGAGAGAUUCAUGAGUAUCAUCAACAAAUCCUCUCUCGUGGAGCAUACCCAACUCAUUAUCGGUCAACCGGUCUCGAUUAGUGAAGCCUUCUCUGCUGGGCAAUUUUGGUGCUGCUUCGAACUCCUGGCGGUCGACGGCCACCUCAUCAUUGCACGCGUGCGGCUCCCUAGGCAUCCCGAUAGCACUGAUAGCGCCAAUGAGCAUUCUGAGCUGUAUUCAAUUGAGUGUGAAGUUGCGCAGAUGAAGUUCCUCUACGAGAACGUUACUGGCGUCCCGUUCCCCAAACUAUACGCCUAUGAAGGCCCAGGGUCGCAAAGGGCAGCAAAUGUUGGCGCGGCGUACAUGCUUAUUGAAGGGUUUUACGGCAACACUAUGCAAGAUGUGCAAUUUAAUAUUUGCGAGCUUCCGAUCUCAACGCAGGAGCACAUUAUCACACAGUGGACUUCCGCCCAAGCCGAACUAGCGACCUUCACAUUUCCACAAAUUGGUUCAAUCUCCCAUUUCUCCAACGACACCGGUGCUAUCAUCGGCAAACUCUCUACAGCCGUAGCAGAAGGCCUCUCAGAUGAGGGUCCCUUCACGGAAGCCUGCGACUAUUUCGCUGCUGUCGCGGAGGCCAAAUUCCGUCAAGCCUGCAAGAAUGAUGUCGCUGACGACGGCAGCAACAUUUUUACUAGGCUGGGUCCUUUCGUGUUUAAAGACAUCGUGCACAAUACAGCCCUCUUUAAAACUGGUGGCGGGCCGUUCCACCUUGACCAUAUGGACAUGGGAACGCAGAAUAUUCUCGUCGAUCAGUACUUCAAUUUCCUCGCCAUAAUCGACUGGGAAUUUGCUCAGACGGCGCCUUGGGAGGUCAUCCACUACCCAAUGCCCUUUCCGCUCAUCUCUGCCGACGCCAAGACCGACGGCAUUCUACAAAACCCGACCACAUAGCACACCGCAACGUAUCCCGCCAAGUUGCAGCACGGAAAAUGUACAGACAGAAGUUUCGAGAUGUGGAGCAGGCACUCGAGAGUAGAGGAAGACCCUUACAGAAAUCAAUAGCCGAUGUGCUAGACGGGG